UUACCUGGAUGUUUCAAUAUAUCAUCAGAAAAACAGCCCCCAGCAUCGAUCGCCAUUCAAGGUUGAAGCUCGUUUCAUGUCGUAUCAGUCAAAGCUUCCACCCAAAUCCGCAAAGGAGCGUCGUCUGACUUUUAGGGCUUCAGGAGACUCUCGCACAGCCUCGCCUGAAGAGAGGCCAGUGGAUUUUUUAGCCCUACCUCAACGUUCCCCCCGACACCAGUCUCAUUUAUCGCCAGUAGAGACUUCUCACGAACAUCAACUGCCGCCCAAUCGCUCCCGCCAGACAGAGCAUCACACAGCGGAUGAGUCACAGUGGAUAGAUGCUUUGGAUGCAGUCAACACUAAAUGUCAUACAGCCAUUGAAGAUCCUUCGAAUUUUCCGUUAAAUUGCCUAGAAUCGCAGCCCCCAGUCCUGGUAAAGUUACAGAUCGGCGAUAGAACCGUGAUCCACCAGGUGUUGCAUGCGUCCUACCGAGAAAGCGAAAUGCAAAACGAAGACAACUUAAGGGAGAAUCAGCAGUCCGAAGAGAUCAAUGUUUCAGCUGAGAAUUUGGGCAUGAGAUGGCGAAGAAGCGUCGCCUCCCUGCCAAGUGCUGGCCAAGCAGCCCUUAGAAAAGCCCUUGCUCAGAAAAUAAUCAAAGAAAGUACAGAAGUUGAGCGAGUUGAAACCUCAGACGAUGAGAAAAGUAAUGAUGAAAGUAGACAGGCCUUACAGUUGCAGAAUAAUCAGGUGGAAUCACCCAAUAAGCUAACGCAUCCAAGGCCGGAUUACUUUAGGCCCAUGAAGCUCAGCUCCCAGACCGACGUCGUCGAACAGUGGCACUCAAAUGAGCUGAUGCGAAAAAGGCAACCGCCGUUGGUGGGCGGGCUCUACCGUCAAACGGAUCGGUUGCAGUUCCUUCCGAUAGACAUGCUGGAUGCGGACACCUCGGGCGGCCCUAUAUUUGAGGGUGACUCUGUCCAGUAUGCCAUGGAGCGCUCCAAAUACUUUGCUGAGGAAUUCGCAAAGCUUUCCGUGGAGGAGAUAGCCGAGGAUCUGCUGCUGAGACUGCGACAAAUACGAAACCUUCAAAGCACCGCCGAAUCGCUCUACGAGCCCCUUCCUGCUCGUCCGAUAAGCCCGACUAAGGUCAAGCACCCGAGGCACAGCUGCCCCAUGGGAUUGGUCAAAUGUCCGGCGUUGCUCGAUGCGGAACUGCUGGGACACUUUUGUAGCGCUCAUCUCAAAAAGCGGCGCAGCCAGCAGCUCACGGAGGUCUUUGAGAGCGACAGCCUACUGAUUGUCUUCAAUCCCACGUCCUUUAGACUGGCUGUGAACACUUGCAUAUCCAUAAUGGUGUAUGGAGGUACCGAGGACGAUGACUCCACGUUGCCGUUAAAGCGAUUAAUGCCAGUAAGCAAUGCAAAUCUGACUGAGCCCUAUGCCUGCUUUGAGGGUCAUCUGCCCAUAGUCGUGAUGAUUUGCCGCAACAAACUGAGUGCCGUCCGUGGCAAGUUGGCCAGCGUCAAAGAAAACGUGAGCGAUAACGAUAAAAAUAAGGAGAACGAGAAAAGGAACGCGAGCAAAGAUGAAGAUGUAUUCGCCUUGUGGGCAGUCACCAUGGAGCUGCCACGGCCCUUGCAUGUGCUGAUGACCGUCUUCAAUAGCCGCCUCGACAUCAGUCGCAGCAACAUCAUGUCGGUGCGUGGCCUGAACAAGUCCCAUAAUUGUGCGGAGUUUAUGAGCUCCAGCAAAAAGUACAUGCGCAUCUCCGAGGGCGAUAUGAAGGUCCUAAGCAAUGGCUUCACCGAACCGGUCUACCUGGAGCUUACGGUUAGGGAGUAUGCCACCUCCUCCAUGACCACAGCCGCCACUUCCAAAUAAGCACAAUCCCAGAUACGCAUUUAUACACGCAAUCUACAAUGCAACACAAAUUGAUGAUGAUACUCGAACACAACAACAAUUAAUACAAAAAUCUACAUUUUCUGUUUUUCGGUUAUUU